UCAGUUGUUUAUCAAUCGCGUGCACCGUUGCAUGUGCGUUGCCGCUAAACGCAAUUUACCGACGGCCUUUUUCUGUUACAAUUUUUGAGUUGUUUUCUUUUUUUGAAAUAUUUUUUGUUUGUUCUUGUGAUCUGUGAACGAAAUUUAUUCUAACAAUACAAAUAAUAUUAACAAUAUCGACAGUCGAAACAUACGAAUAGCAUCAAGAAAAUAAAACGGUGAAAAAUUACUGUGCUUGUUUUCGAAUUAGCAUCAAAAUAAUUUACAAGCUGCGAAUUAGAAUUGAGCUAAACAAUACAUGUUAUUGGCAUUUAUUAAUGCCUAUCAAUGAAUUAAUUAAUUCAAACACUGAGCUAAUUUCGCGUGUGUUCUGUGUGUGAGUGUUUUUUUUUUAUUGUGUGAAAUUUGCAUUUGAUUUGCAUAAAAUUGACAUUCAGCGGUUUCGAUUUUUGCUGAAAAACUAAAGCAGAAAGGGCGAUUCCAAAAAGCCAUAAACUCCAAGCACUGAACGUUGUGCUUCUUCAUUUUACUUGCAGCAAUAUGCGCAACAAGUGCAACAACAACAACAACGACCUAUACUGGAAACUGUCGUAAAAACUGAUUAAAGACGAGCUUGCGAUUGCGGCAACAACAACAGCAUAAACUACAAACAAGAGAAACGAUGUACGAGUUUUUGCUGUUACCCGAGCCAUAAGUAACGAGAGAUUUUAAUUCAAAGAAUCCCUAUAUCCAAUAUAACGAGAAGAGCAAAACAUAUAACAACGAUUUAACGAGAGAACGAAAUAGAAGAGAAAGAGAGAGAGAAAUACAGCAAGCAAGCGAUCGAAUAGAAACGCGAUUAACGAGUAAAGUGUAACGAGUAACGAGUGACGAGUGAGGCGCCAUGGCAAUGCUCGAGGCGCGGCCUUACAGGCCAUUCAAAUCCAGCGAGGAGUAUCUGGAGGCUAUGAAAGAGGAUCUUGCCGAAUGGCUGAGCACACUGUAUCCCGAUCUCAGGAUCAAUGCGGAAAACUUUAUGGAUCGCCUCGACACGGGCGUCGCCCUCUGCAAGCACGCAAAUUAUGUGCGGCAAGCAGCCGAGGAUUAUUUGGCCCGGCGACAGGCGCGCAACAAAUCAAUGACACGCUCGAUGACUUCCGGAUUAGCUGGCCCCAUCCUCGCCCUGGGCAAUGUCCACUUUCUGCCGACCGCCAAGAGCGGCACCUUCUUCUCCCGCGACAACGUGUCCAACUUCAUAACCUGGUGCAGAAAGAGCCUUAAAAUCAUCGAGUGCCUGCUGUUCGAAACGGACGAUCUGAUAAUGCGCAAGAACGAGAAGCAUGUGAUUCUCUGUCUGCUCGAGGUGGCGCGACGUGGCGCCAAGUUCGGUAUGCUAGCGCCCAUGCUGGUGCAAAUGGAGCGACAAAUCGAUCGCGAAAUUGCCGCCGACAACAAGGCGAAUGGCGUCGGCAUCGGCGUUGGCAGCGGCAACGGUAACGGUAAUGGGAUUGGCUGUGGCACCCAGACGAGCAACGGCUGUGCGGAGAGCGGUACACAAACGGAAGCGACACCAGUUGGCGCCGAGUGUGUGGCCAGCGAAACGGAUCUGUACGACAGCGAUACGGAGAACGAGGAUGAGAACGACAAGGAUCCGGUGCUGAUGUAUGGACCACAGCCACAGAUCGUUACCAACGAUCUCAAGAGUCUCGAUGAGAUGGUCAGAGAUUUGGUGGAGAAAUGCACGUGCCCCUCACAGUUUCCCAUGGUGCGCGUCUCCGAGGGCAAAUAUCGCAUUGGCGACACCAAAGUGCUCAUCUUUGUGCGCAUCCUGCGAUCCCAUGUGAUGGUGCGUGUGGGCGGCGGUUGGGAUACGUUGUCGCAUUAUCUGGACAAGCACGAUCCUUGCCGUUGUCGCGCCCAGCAUCGCAGCUCCAUCACCGCUCGUCUGCUGCCCCGCAACAGCAACUCGCAGUCGCCCAAUGGAACCGGAGGAGGAGGCGGCGGCAUCGAACUGCACAAUGCGCAGGUGAUAUACGAACGUUCACCGCAUGCAGCUCGUCGCAUCAUCUCCACAACUUCCCCUGGAAACGCAACUGGAGCUGGAGCUGGAGCUGGAACUGGAACUGGAGCUGGUUCCGCCUCGCCCACAGCUAACACCGGAGUUGGUGUCGUAUCGAAUCUAUCGCCUAGUGCUGGCUUCACAAACAAGCAUCGCAGUCGCAGUCCAACACCACAGCGCAAGUUCCUCAACCAAACGAGCAACGGAAAUACAAAUGGAAUCGGAAACGGAAUGGGAGGCGGAAUCGGAGGCGGAGGCGCAACAACGACAGCGACAACAAUGGAGACAUUGCAGGGAUCUCCGAGUCUGGCGAGACGCAGCAUGUCGCCAAGUCAGCGUCGUCUGAUGAGUGACAUGCGCAAGCAGCAGAAACAGAACUCACAGGAUGUGCCCAAGGAGGAGACAGCAGCUGGAGUUGCAGCCACAACAACAGGCUCGGCAGGAGCACAGCCGGAACAGAAUAGCAAAUUCGAGAAUAUCAGCGACAAUGGCAGCGAAAUAAGCGAUGAGGGCUAUCGCAGUCUGGGCGUCAUUCAGUCGAACGCACAGAAGCGCGAGUCGCUCCACAGUCAGGCCUCCAUCGAGGACGCUGAAAGCCAAGCGCGUCUAGAUCAAACGUCGAGCGACUCGCAAAUUUCGCCCACAGAUGACGCUGAGCCGGAGCAAUCAAAGCAACUGCAGCAGCAUCAGCAGCAGCUGGAGGAGCAACCCGAGGAGGGAGAAGAGGAGGAGGAGGACGAUGAGCCGGACUACAUCGAUGGUCCGCAAUCUCUGCCUGCAGUGUUGGCGCUGCCCAAGCCCAAGUUAAAGUCCAAGUUUAAGCCCGCCUAUACUGUCGACAACAAGUUUGCGCAGUCGGGUGUCUACAUCACCGACGACGUGAUCACGGUGACCACAGAGCAGGAACAGGAUCAGGAGCCGGAACAGGAGCCAGAGCGGGAACACAUCAAGGUGGCCACCACACAGGCCUCAAGCAAAAUACCACGAUCGCCGCUGGCGCAGCGACGUCGUCGCAGCAGCAUCGAUAACAGCACCUGCAGCGGCGCCGGCGGCAGUCUUCAGGAUCUGAGCACGCGUUCCGGUGUUGCCACCGCCAGCGGGAGCAGCAGCAGCAGCAACAACUUCAGUCGCAAACAGCCUGUGUAUCGCUCGGUGCGACGUCCGCCAACAACAGCAACAGCCACGACAACGGCAGCACGGGGUAACAAGGCAUCGCAGUUGCCGCUGGUGCGCGAUGUGACGAACACGUGGAGCGGACGCAGUGCAGCGAGUGCGCUGCCCAGCAAGAAGCGUCCCACAAUCAGCAGCGAUACGUUUACGCCGCCAACAACAACAACGUCGCCGUUUGAGCGUAAUGCCAAGACGCGCUCCUCUCAGAUCCUCUACGAUAGCAACGGACGUCGUGUGCGCGGCUGCAGCAGCUCGCUGACCACAUCGCCGGUAAAGAAUCAUGCCUCAUCGCCGCUCGCACAGCAGCUGCUGGAAGCGGCGAGCAGUGCCAAGAACGAUGCCCAGAUACUCGAAAAGAUGAAGACGCUGCUCUCGCGUUACGCCGCCGGCAAUCAGCAGCAACACCACAGCAAGGAUGCCAAGGAGCAACAGCAACAACAGCAGCAGCAGCCAAGGCCCAGCAGCAAUGGGAAAAAGACCCCGGUGUAUGAGGACUUUACCAGCGCCUGGGUGCACAGCAAUGGCAAUCCGGAGCGUUCCGAGAGCUGCUCACCGCCGGCCAAGGCGCGCUCUAAGCGCUCCAGCUCGGCGGCCUCCUCGUGUGGCAGCAAUCAUUCAGCAGGGGCGGCAGCUGCAGCGGCCGUCAUUUCGCCGCGUCGGGAACGUGGCAUGUCCAAGAUUCCGGCGCCGGUGCGUCAUCAUACGGAGCUUUAUUAACGGCACGUGCGGACGCCCAGCGUCCGGACAAUUGCGCUCGCCCGUCUGCGGCCAAGGCCCCGGUCAAUGUCGCAGGUCAAUGUGAAACUACUUCCGAGCGUUUUCUGAAAACCCCCCAAAAAAGAAAAGAACAAUAAUGAAACUGGACGAAAGGGGAAUGGGAUUGGGAAUGGGCAUAUGGGGGGUUAGUUAAGGUGUUAUGCUAAUGUUAGGGUCAAGUUGGAAUUGUCCGUCUGUGCGUGCGUGCGUGUGUGUGUGGUUGUGCGUUGAACCGAACCAAAAACCAGAAUACAGUCGAACCGAACCGAACCGAAGCGAAUCAGAUGCAAACGAAGCGAACGGAACCGUUCCAAUGAACCUCAUACACAACAUACGAGAGUAGAACUAUCUAUAUCCAUGUACAGUAUAGUACCGUAUCUAUCUACACAUACAUACAUAUAUACAUAUAUUUAAAGCGUAAUCAAUAACAAUGCAAUUAGAACUGCCUCAUCAGGUAUCCACAGAUGGCGCAACAACAAAUCGAAAAAGUUAAACAGAAAAACACCCAACAGCACUGUGUUGCAUUUUGUACUACACAACAACUACUACUCGCCACUCGUUACUUUCAACCAGUAGUGGGGCACACGUUGGCACACGUCUUCUAAUCACAACGCCUCACUCGUUACUUCUGUUCUUGUAUUAUUUUACUUGCCACUCGUUACUUUCGCGUGUGCACUCAUUGCCUUGCUGACCUGUCACUCGUUAUUUUGCAUAUCAAUAAUUUAUUUUGUAACUCCGCUACAUUCCGAUAACUCGCACUCGUUGCAUUUCUUUUCUAUACGCUAACUCGUUUUAUUACUCGCUGCACAUUAUUAUUUGUUGCAUUUGCGAGCUGCGUACUCGCCACUCGUUAACCAGCAUUCGUUGCUUCAUCACUCGCCACCCGCUAGUCGUUGAUCUCGUUGCUAGCGAGCAGUGAAAACUGUUUUAUUUUCUUUUUUGUUUUUUUGUUUGUUUGGGUACUUUGAUUGUUGUUGCGCCAAGUGAACCAAACAUUUACAAUCCAAAAUUGAGACUUUCAACAAACAAAAUUUUACAAAUUUCCAGCUAUAAUCGAUUUUUUUAAUAGCACUAAGAAGAGAGUGAAACAUUUUAAAAUACAUAUAUAUACAUAUAUAUAUAUAUGAGAAUGCAUAACUGUCGUGAUAGAACUUAGUAGAAUCCCCUCAAGAUCCCCUCAGAUUCCCAUAUAUAAAGGAGAAUGCAUAAUUUUCUAGAAGUUUUAUGAUUAGAAAAAAAACACAUACACAGCAAUAUCACACACACACACACACAGAUACACAGACAGAGACACGCACAUGAAUGUAGUGUAUAUAGAAGUGGAAAUUCGUAGGACUGAUUGUUGUGCGUGUAUUUGCGUGUGUGGUUGUGUGUGUGUGCGAUGUGUGUGUGUGUGUAUGUGUGCGAUGUGUGAGUGUGUGUGCAAGUGCUUGCUAUUUUCCAGCAUAGUCUUAGAAAAGGAACAUUUAUUUUUAUAUACAAAGCAAGCGAGAGAAAGGGAAAAGCUUUUAACACAAGAAAAUGCGAUUUUACAGCAAAAAAAAAAAAGAAAAGAAA